GUGUGGUUCCCCUGAGUCCCCUGCUCUCCAUCCUGGUGGAAAGGAGCAGUUUCAGUACAGCCAAGAGGCAUUGUACAGUCUGAGAAGCUCUCCAGAGUUUGGGCUGGUUUGCUGGUCAGCUCUACAAACCAGGAUGUCUUGGCAACUCAUUCUGACCUUGUUUGUGCUAUUGGAUUUUCUCCACAUGGCAGUUGCCCACUGUAUGGUCCAUCAGAUUCCUCCCAGGAACUUUACCUUACCCUGGAUGCAGCUGAAUGAGACAUUUUUGAGUCCUUUCUCCUCUGGAGUUGUAAAGAGUUGGUCUGGUUUGAGGAGAGCACCCAAACCCAAGCCUCCCUUCCUGAUAAAUGCAGAAAGCUUUCUGUGCUGCCUUUGGAGUGAUGGCAACAUUGAUUGUUCUUUGUACAGCACAACCAUGCAGGCAAGGAAGUUCAUUCCCUCUGAAAGCAUCUCAGCCUCUCAGGAAACAGGUUCAAGUUGGAACCUUGAAUGUUGGAUUCAAGGCAAGCUGGAGCUCUUGGUCUGCAGCCUGCGGUUUGUGAGGGUGCAGCUGGGAGCUGACUUGAAGGUUCAUCUUUUUUAUGCUGUGUCAGAGCUGGGGCUGGGAGAUGUCUCCACGAGCUCCCUGGAGGGGACAGUCCUGGCUGCUGAGUGUGACUGCAGUGACCCUGCUGCCUGUGGGUGCUCUGUGCCUUCCCUGAGCCUCAACUACACCUACAUCAUGUGGCUGAAGGUGACAAUUGGUGGGACACCUCUGUGGUCACCCUUGAUGUCAGUCAAGCCCAUAGACAUAGCAAAGCCUGAACCUCCUCUGAACCUGCACCUAGAAAUGACAGAGGAAGGCCAAGUGAAGCUCUGCUGGUCUGACCCUGUGCUGGUGCCAUACCCCCUUCAGUAUGAAGUGAAGAUCUCAGGAGCUUCAGGUCAAACUGGCUGGCAGAUGGUUUGGGGUGCUGUGGAAAGCUCCCUGGCCAUGGACAGUGCACUCCUUGGUUCCUCAUCCCUACUUGAAGUACGAUGCAGGAAUGGCAAUGGUCCAGGGUUCUGGAGUGACUGGAGCACACCCUAUAACCUCAGCUUGGGAGCUGGAGUCCUCUACUUCCCUCCCAAGGUCCUGGCCAGCGUUGGUUCUAACAUUUCCUUUUAUUGCAUCUAUCAAAACAAAACCAAGCUUGUAGCAUCCCAGGAGAUUGUCUGGUGGCUGAAUUUAGCAGCAGAAAUCCCAGCCAGUCAGUAUUCCCUUGUGAACGAUCGCGUAAGCAAAGUUACUCUUUUCAACUUGAAAGCAACCAAACCUAGAGGAAGUUUCUGCUAUAAGGCAUUGUACUGUUGUCAUCAAAAUAGGGAAUGUCAUCCUAGAUACGCUGAAUUAUAUGUAGUAGAUAUGAAUAUCAGCAUCACCUGUGAGACAGAUGGGUACUUGACUAAAAUGACUUGCAGAUGGGCUGCAAACCCAGACACUCUGCUCCUGGGGAGUUCCUUGCAGUUAAGGUACUACAGGAGCAGAAUUUAUUGUGCUGACUUUCCAAGUACCUCUCCAAAAUCAGAGGUGAAAGAAUGCCAUUUGCUGAAGAAUCAUUCUUAUGAGUGCACUUUUCAGCCUUUUUUUCUUUUAUCUGGAUAUACCAUGUGGAUAGAGUUUAAGCACUUACUAGGAACACUUGAAUCCUCACCAACUUGUGUGGUUCCAGCAGAUGUGGUGAAGCCACUUCCUCCCUCCAACCUUCAAGCUGAGCUCACCAGGAAUGUUGGGCUGCUGAAUGUGAGCUGGACAGACCCAGUGUUCACAAACGAGCUGAGGUUCCAGAUCCGCUUUGCUGUCAACAGGGGAGAAAUGGCAUGGCAGCUUCAUGAAGUUGUAAAGGCACCGAGUUCAGCUGUGAUCACAGUUCAGAAACUUUGUGUCCAGUACAUUGUUCAGAUCCGGUGCAGGGCGCUGGACGGGUCGGGUUACUGGAGCAACUGGAGCAGCCCAGCCUACACCCUUGUAAGGGAUAUCAAAGCUCCCUUGCAGGGCCCUGAAUUUUGGAGAAUUAUUCCUGAAGAUGGGGCAAGGAGGCAGAAGAAUGUUACACUGCUCUGGAAGCCACUGAUGGAGAACCACUCCUUGUGCAGUGUGAGGCAGUACAUGGUAAAACAUCAGACAUCAAGGAACACCACGUGGUCAGAAUACGUUGGGAAUGGCACCACCUUCUCCUUCCCUUGGACUGAGCACACACACACUGUGACACUGCUGGCCAUGAAUUCCAUUGGAGUUUCUUCAGUGAAUUAUAAUUUAACUCUGUCCCAGCAAAUGAGCAGAGUGGAGGCUGUGCAGUCACUCAGCGUGUACCCCGUGAACAGCACCUGUGUGGUUCUGGUUUGGACACUUUCCCCUCCAAUCCACGUGAUAAAAUCUUUUGUUAUUGAGUGGAAGAACCUCAACAAAGAAGAGGAGAUGAAGUGGGUGCGAGUUCCUCCAAACAGGAGGAAGUAUUAUCUUCAUGAUCACUUUAUCCUGAUUGAGAAGUACCAGUUCAGCCUCUACCCUGUGUUUGCAGGAGGAGUUGGCAGACCCAGAGCAACGGAUCAGUUUACCAGAGGGGGCUAUGAAAAGGAGGAUAAUGCCAGCCUCUACAUGGUUCUGCCAAUAGUCAUCUCAAGCUCAGUUUUGUUCCUGGCAGUGGUGAUGGCUUCACACCAGAGGAUGAAGAAGCUGUUUUGGGAAGAUGUUCCAAACCCCAAGAACUGCUCCUGGGCUCAAGGUGUUAAUUUCCAGAAGCCUGAAACUUUGGAGCAUCUUUUUAUCAAGCACCCUGCAGCAAAGUCUUUUGAGCCCCUGCUUCUGGAACCAGAAAUAGUGCUGGAAGACAUCCACCUUACUAAAGCCUGGGAAGAAGAGGACAGGGGAGGGUUUUUGGUGAUGGAUUCACUGCUGACCAAAACUCAAGACUCUGAACAUGACUCUGCUUGCUCCAGCAGCCAUUUCAACAGCAGCAGCUUCUCCCAGAGCUCCCAGGAGGAGGAAAUCCAUGGAGAAGUGGCAGGGCAGACAGAUGUUAAGUACACCUCUGUUGUCAGUGACUCGGGACAGAGCGGGCUGUACGAGCAGAACUUGGGCACCAGAGGCUGCUUGGGGAGGUGCUGCUCAGCUGAAGACUCCUUGGUGGCAGGCACCACCUUCUCCAGGAUCUUGGAGGUGGGAAAUGGGACUUUCCUCCUGUUACCUGAUCCUCCUGGCAAAACUCUUUCCCUUACUUCUUCCGAGGGAUUUUCUGAGCCUUGGGACCAGGAGGAGGCUUUCCCUGGGGGAGGCAGCCCUGAGCAGAGCCCCUGUUACCUCGGGGUCACCUCCCUGGGCAGUAGAGAAAGUGACAUUUUUGUGACAGAGAGUUCUGGGGUGACGUGCCAGCUCCCCACAGCUGAGCUGCUGAGAGAGGGGGGGUUCCCUCAGCACCCACCCCCUCAGCUCACCACCCUGAGGGACAAAGCUGCCCUGCCCUACGUGCCACAGUUCCAGGUGACUGCUCCCAAGGGGCAGGAGGCCACGGAGAGGAACUCAGGAGCCAUCACACCAUAACUUGGUUGCCUUCAGUGGUUCUGGGAGGGGGUGGGGGGUGAUGCAUCCCCCCUGGUUUUCCCUCUCCUGACUUCUCCCCUGGUUUGAAGCUGGGAAACUGGGUCUGGAUUUGAGUGCUGGGAUUUUAGUCGGAAGAAAUUCUGCCAUCCAGAGUCCUCCUCCUGCAAGUCUGUGAGGGCAGGGGCACCAUUGCCCAGGGGAAUGAUCAGCUGAGGCUUUCCUGGGAAGAUGGGGAAAUGUGGGAGUUCAUCCCCUGGGAUGUGGGUGGCAGGAGAGUGGCUGCAGCCUGGGGAAUGCUUGAGGAAUGCUCUGUUCCCAAAGGAAUCUCUUCCCUCAGGGGAAGUUGGUGGACACUCAGAUGGAGCCCAAACAGUCCUCCCUCCCUGUCCCCCCAAUCCUGGGGUGUUCCUCAGGGCCAGAGCAAAACCACAGAGAAAACACCUAUGGGAAAGGCUGCCAAUACGAGCUGAUCCCCUCUGCAAAAAAAGAUUUUAAGUAUAAUUACUGGGGAAUCAAGCAAUUUAGUCCCUUAAUUUAAUGAAGCAGCCUCAACACCCCUUUCCCAGUCCUGAGGUUUCUGUUGGUUCAGGUAAACCCAGGUCCAGGCCCAGAGAGAAGGGCAGGACACAGCUGGAUGAGUUUAUUCAAUAAAUAUUUCCCCAAGCCAGCCCUCAGUCUGGCAUUUAUCUGUGUGGAAUGGACACUCAGUCCUGCUCUUCACCUUUUCUGCACUCUUGUAUAAAGCCAAAAUCAGCAUAUUCUGAAUCCACCAUCUGCUGCCUCUGCCUGCUCUCCAGUUUCAGCUCUGGACACUCCUCUGGGCAUCACUGCCUUUGGGAGGGGAAAUGAAAAGCUGGGGUCACUCACCACUUUCUUUUCUCAACAUUAUUAUUUUUUUUCCCCCUCAGCUUCAGGUCAGCUUGUUUGUUUAGCCCUUAUUUUGAAGUACAGAGGACCUCUAAAGGCUGUACAGAAAUUAUAUCUGCAAGCACAGAUAAAAUUGGCCACAUUUCUUUAAAAAGACUUUAAUUUAAAUACACUGUUAGAGGUGCACAGCUCAUUUCUCUAAGAAAACUCAUCAGAUGUGUCACUGUUCCUUUUACAUGUCAC